AUGAGUGCGGUGUUUGGGAUGAUGAAGAAGAAACUCGGUCGCAACAGUCUGAACAAGGUGUCGCAGUCCGGCGGGCACGGUGACGGCGGCGCACCCGCGGGGCCUUCGAACAACAGGGGCGGGGCGGAGGUGCCCGGGGGGGCCAGGGCGGCCAACGCGCCGGCCAAUGCCGCCCGGGCGAUGCGCGAGAAGCCACCCCCGCCGGUCCUCGACGCGGAGAACAGGGCCAAGUACUACGCCAGCCCGCUGCCCUCCUUCCGCGACGUGUCGGGGCCCAGCAAGCAGCUGUUGUUCGUGAAGAAGCUCCACCUGUGCGCCUUCGUGUUCGAUUUCAGCGACCCGGCCGCAUUCGCGCGCGAGAAGGAGAUGAAGCGCGCCACGCUGCUGGAGCUGGUCGAGUACGUGAACGCCGGGCAGGGGAAGUUCACGGAGGCGGUGGCCGAGGACGUGGUGUUCAUGCUGUGCGCCAACCUGUUCCGGACGCUGCCGCCCUCGCGGAGCCACGCAUCGGACAGCGACGUGUACGACGCGGAGGAGGAGGAGCCCACGCUGGAGCCGGCCUGGCCCCAUCUCCAGUUGGUGUACGAGUUCCUGCUACGAUAUGUGGUCUCCACGGACACUGAAGCCAGGCAGGCCAAGAAGCACAUUGACCAUGAGUUCAUUCUGAAACUAUUGGACCUGUUCGAUUCCGAAGAUCCAAGGGAGAGGGACUAUCUGAAGACAAUUCUGCACCGGAUCUAUGGCAAGUUUAUGGUCCACAGAUCCUUUGUGAGGAAGGCCAUCAACAACGUGUUCUACAGGUUCAUAUUCGAGACAGAAAAGCACUCUGGCGUGGCCGAGUUGUUGGAGAUCCUGGGGAGCAUCAUAAACGGCUUUGCCCUGCCGUUGAAAGAGGAGCACAAGGUGUUCCUUACCAAGGCACUGAUGCCGCUUCACAAGCCCAAGUGCUUGUCAAUGUACCACUCGCAGUUGUCAUACUGCGUUACACAGUUUGUGGAAAAGGACUACGCCCUGGCAGAGUCAGUCCACCAGUGCCUCCUGAAGUACUGGCCGGUCACCAACAGCCAAAAGGAAGUGCUGUACCUGGAAGAGCUGGAAGAACUGCUGGAGCUGACCCAGCCUGCAGAGUUUCAGCGCGUGAUGGUGCCCCUCUUCAGGCAGCUGGCGAAGUGCAUAAGCAGCUCGCACUUCCAGGUGGCGGAGCGCUCGCUGCUCCUGUUCCUGAACAACGAGUGCAUAAACAACCUCUUGAACCAGUUCCGCACGGUGCUGGUGCCCAUCAUCCUCCCCCCUCUGGAGGACAACGCCCGGGGCCACUGGAACCCCUCGGUGCACACCCUCACGUGCAACGUGCGCAAGAUGCUCCAGGACAUGGACGAGCAGCUGUACGAACAGUGCCUGCAGCUGCACCAGCAGCAGCUCCACCACAGGCAGAGCGAGACCGAGGACAGGUUCAGGAGCUGGCAGCAGCUGGAGGCGGUCGCAGGUCAGAAGGCGGCCGCAAACUCUGGCGACGGCCAGCCAAGCAGGCCUCUCAGCGUGACCAGGCAAAGGGGCCACUGA